AUGGCCACAGUAAAGGAACAGGGUCAGGAAUGUCAAGGACAGGCACCAAGCAAACGCUCCACAGCUUCAACAUGGAAUACCAAGGACCUGGGCAAGCGAAUCGGUGUCGAUGUCGCUAGUGCAGCAACAGCCGGUGCGCUGACCUGUCCAUUGAUCACCAUCAUUGAUCGUGCAAUUAUGGAAAAGGCUUCGAAAGGCUUCCCAAUCCGCCAAACGAUCAACAAUGGGCUCCGAUCGAUGGUCGCUCGACCUUGCGGCUUCUUCUUCAGCACUCCAUUCAUCCUCAUCUACACCCUGUACACCUCGACUUACCUCACAGCAAACGCAAUCGACACCCUCCGAUCAACAACACACCAUCAGCCCUAUAACGUUAUUGACACAGGCCUCCCCAAGUUCUUCGCAACAACGAUAGUCAACAUGACAAUCUGCGUCUACAAAGAUGCGCGCUUCGCCAAAAUGUUCGGCGCCUCUCCUCCCUCCGAAUCAAACGUCACCGUAAAUACAAAUCCAGUCGCGCAGAAGUACAGCUCCGCUCUGCGCGCACCAUGCGCUCCCUCUGCACCCAUAGCACCAAACCUCCAAAUACCAAAAGUCUCCUAUGCCCUGUUCUGUCUCCGCGACAGCAUCACAAUCUGGGCUUCUUUCAAUAUCCCCGCCCUCAUCGCCCCUUCGGUCCCAGACUUCCUCGCUUCAAGCCCAACAAUGAAAUCCAGCAUCGCGCAAUUUGCCUGCCCCGCUGCUAUGCAGUUCGCUAGUACACCCAUGCACCUCCUCGGUUUGGAUCUGUAUAACCGACAGCCGGCCGGUGGCCUGCACUGGACAGACCGUUUGGCGCGAAUUCGUCGCGAUUAUGUGCCUAGUUGUUUUGCGCGCAUGGGCAAGAUUGUUCCUGCAUACGGUGUUGGUGGUGUGGUCAAUGUGCGGAUGAGGGAUUCGUUGAUGAGAAGAAUCGAGAGAGGAGAGUGA